AUGGAGGAGAAGCAGGUGGACAGUGGGGUGAAGGAGAGUGGGGUCAGCGAGCCUCGGACCUCCCAUUCCUCAUUCCAGGCCCCUCGCCCUGCCCCGCCCUCUGCCCCGUCCACACCCCAGGGCAUCUUGAAGCUGGACUCUGCCCGCCACUCCCUGGAUUACAGGGAGGAGGAGAAGGACUCCAGGCCUCCCAAGGAACGCAAGUCCAGCUCCUCGUCCAGAAGCUCCUUUGCCCACAGUUUGUGGUCCCUGGGCUGGCUCCGGGGGUGGAUAUCGGGGCCUCAGGAGGAGAGCGGGAGCCGGGCAGAGGAGGACAGAUCGAGAUUCGGCUCCAGUCUGAGCCAGAGCCAAGCCUCGGCCAAGCUGGACAAGCAACACGCACAGGACAGCCCCUCCGUGUACUUCGCACGGAAGCCAUCCUCCCACAGGGACUCCACGGACAGCUCCGCCGCUCAGUCCCACCCCCCAUCCAUAGAGCAGCCCCCGCCCGCACCCCAGGCCCAGGCCCCGCCCCAGCCCAGGCCCCGCAGGAAGUCGGUGAUCGACACGGUCCUGGGCAGGACGGACUCCGAAGCCGAGCCGGUCAGUGACAAGACCCGGACACCAGGAGAGGAAACCCGCAGGAUUUCACUGCCCUGGAAUCUGGUCCGAGCCACCAAGGGGGAGCGGAGAGACAAGGAGGGAACGGGCGCCGGGGCCGGGGCCGGGGCGGGCGCCGAAUCGAUCGACCCCUCGAAGCCGCCCUCGGGCUACGGGGAGAUUCCGGACCCGGCUCCGGACGGUUCAGCAGAAGCCCAGCAAUGGGAGGAGCUGCGGACGCUGAGGGAACAGCUCAGCAAAAAGGUUCUCGCGGCCUCCGAGCAGAUCCGUGUUCUACAAAGUCAGCGCGACAUCAACGUGUCCGAGUAUCUACGUCUCGUCAGCAACGCCGACCAUACGCAAGCCGUCCGUAUCAGGGUCACCUUUGAGAAGCUGAACCAGAGAUUGUCUCUGGCCAUCGCUCAGUUACAGAAGAAGCUGGACUUGUAUCAGCAGAAACUGCAAGAGAUGGAAACCCACCUCCUGAGAGAUCAGCCCCUGAGCUCGAAACCACCCACACCCAUCAUCCCCAGCCAGGAAGCCGGCCUGAACCAGUCCCCCCUCUCCCCCGUCUCCCCCCACACCGACACCUCCAAACACAGCCUGGACAGCGAGAACCCCUCCCUGGGCACCAACAGCUUCAACCUCAGCGACUUCCUCGACUCCCUCCAGACCCUGCGCAGAGGCAGCACCUUGUCCCAGACGGGGAUGGAGGAGCUGGAGAUGGGGCUGGGGCUGAGGGAGAAGUCGGGGGGCCGGAGGCUCAGCUUCCUGACUGUCAUGGAGGAGAUCCUGGAGGUGAAAGAGGCCCAAACACAACUGGACAUUAACCUCAAGAGCUUAGCGGAGAUGUACACAACCGACAUGACCAACUUCCAGGCCGCCGUCCAGGACGAGAAGCAGAGGAACCUCCAUCUGGAGACGCAGCUGAACGACCUGACGGAACUGCACCAGAACGAGGUGUUCAUCCUGAAGCAGGACCUGGCCAGCCUGGAGGAGAAGAUGAUGUACCAGGCGUACGAGAACAGCCGCGAUAUCUGGGAGGUAUUGGAGAGCUUACACAGUAAGGUGGGCCGUGUUGAGCAACAGCAGCAGAGUGCGCAGCUGGAGGUGUUGGACCAUGUGAACACUCGGGAGCUGGUGGGGAAGGGGGUGAACCUGCUGCUCGCUUUGCUCACUGUCUUACUGAUGCUCAUCUCCAGCCUGUCCGCCUGCAUCAUCCCCUUCGUCCGCACCAAACUCCGAGCCACCGGCAGCCUCCUCCUCCUCACAACCUGCGUCCUGGCCUGGAAACACCGGGACCUCCUGAGAGGGGCAGCUCAUGCGCACCUCGGCUUCGGGGAGAGAGAGUGAGGGCUCCACCCUCUGCACUGUGCGU